AUGAAUGGCCAACUGACGUCCAUCCGAUGGGCAUCCACCGGAUUGCCGGACUUUCUGGGGACGGCCCUUUUAUUCCACCAUAAUGGUCUGCCGCGGGCUCCAUUUUAUACCCAAAAAUAUCUGAAGGGAGCGCUGGAGACGGCUGGAGUCCCGUCCUCUUUGUCCGCGUAAGAUCCGUUGUUGUGUGGAUUGACAUUUCCUUCAGAAACCUCGCGCAUUACCGUUACAAGUUCUCGUCAAGAAUAAGAUCGGCUUUGGACCAAAGUGGAGCUUUUUUGCCACUCGAUGAACAACAUCGUAGGUUCGGAAAGGAGCUGGAGAAGGCGUUGGAUGUCGUGUUGCCCGAAUACAAACCAUUUAAUGUUUAUUUUGCGCAUUACUUUGAUGAAGGUUCAACAGAAAAUGCUGUAUCGUCAAUAUUCAAGUAAGUGUUACCCAAAUUUCAAGUUUUUGUGUUUAGAAAUGGAGCAGAUAGGUUGUUUGUGGCGUCGAUAGCUCCGUUUGAGAGUAAAGAACGAGAAGAAUUGCGGAAGAAGAAGAUAUUGAAGCUGCUGGAGACAAAAACACGAAAACUCCAUGACAUUAACACUGGCAAGAUCAGUUUUGUGGGGAAGAAACAGCCAAUAUCUUUUGAUUAUCAGGAACUAGAUAACAUCGGGGUACACGAGGGUUUAGUCAGAGUACGUAUUGUUUAAAUUUAUUUUAUUUGUUUCUAAAUUUAAUACUCAGUUUUUUGUACUAUUCUUUUAAAUUUCAGCUGUUUGCGGAGAACAUUGCGUCGACGGCAGAUUCUUCUGAUUCCAUUGUCUUUGCCGUGCCGUUACCUCAUCCGUGGUACUAUUUUCAACAUUAUAAACAAGCUCACGCUGCUUGUAAGAGGAUUGUCUAUGCUUUAUAUGAACAAUAUCCUCGUGCACUGCCAUUUAGAGUAGCAUAUUACCCAUCGUGGGACUAUGUCAUUCCUUUUCGAUCAUUAUUGUCAAUAAAGGCACAGAUGAAAGAUCUGAAGAGGUAUGGAUGUAGUCAACCAUUAGUAGUGCCUGUUGGAAGUUUGUUUGCGGAUUUCGAUACACAAACGAUUAUACCGAGUAUUGUGGGAAAUGUAAGUUAUAUUUAAAGUAUUAUGACUAUGUUAACUAUGCUUAAAAGAAUAAUUUUCUUUAAAAAAUUUUUUUUGUCAACUUCUUUUCAAAAUUACUAUUCUUUAACCUUUUCAGUCAGAAAUCCGAGUGUUGCGACCAGAAACCGGAGACAAAAGCCUGGUGUACACGGUGACAGAACUCGUCAAAACUCAGCUGUUGACUCAAAAGCUGAUCGUGGACAGAUCUGGCGCCGAGCCAUUAUUCUAG